UGUUGUAUAGCAUUUUAAAUUUGAGCCUUCUAAGUUCUCAACAUUUCCUUCUAUUUAUUCAUUUCUCUAUAUAUGUUUGAAUAAAAAGUUAAAAAUGGGAUUCCCUAAUCGUUAUAGUGUUUUUCAUGCUUUGCUGAUAUUGAAUGUUUGUAUUCUAGUUUUGGCUUAUGGUGAUGGAGUUGGCGUCAACCACAAUAGAGGAAGAUUUGCGAACGGGUUGUAUCAAGAGUGGCUCAAACGUAGUCAUCGUACACAUGAAUAUACAAGAAGUAAUUUCGCAAAAGGUAUAUUUCUUAGAAGUGCAUUUGUUGCUGAACCAAUUGGUGAAACCGAACGAAAAAUUGAAGGAAAAAUUGAUGUCGCAAGUGAAGAAAAGCCUGAAGAUGUGAUCGUUAAUAACACAAUUAUUAGUGGAGGUGAAAUAAGUGGGGGUGUUGGUGGAGGAUUUGGAGGAGGUUUUGGGGAUAAAAAUUUCAAUCUAAUAAAUGGACUUGGGGCUAAGGAUGGUCAAGGUUCUCAAGAUGUAGUUGCUAAUGUAAUCAAAGAAAAUGAUGUGGGUGGGGGAGAAGGCAUAGAUAAAGGUGAUGGGAGUGGUUUAAGUGAAGAUUUAAGUUUUUGUGGUGGAGGUGGGGGAGGUAUAGGGUUUGGUUUAGGUGGUGGAAUGAAAAAUAGAUUGGGAGAUGAUGAUGAUGAUGAUAUAAGUAGAGGCAUGGUGAAUAGUUUUGAAAAUGGAGGCAAUGGUGAAGGUGGUUUUGGCCUUGGUGGAGGUUUUGGAGGUGGGGUUGGCGGAGGCAUUGUUGGGAGUAGUACCGGUGGCAUGGUUGAUGGUGGUGCUAGUAUGGGCGGAGGAUUUGGAGGAGGGGGUGGCUUUGGGGGUGGACUACUACAAAGCAAUUUUGGUGGCGGUAUCGGCGGAGGUUUUGGAGUGACAACAAAAGGAGUUAUUGGUGGUGGAGCAGAUUGAUAUAGUGCGAUCAUGCUAGAAACCCACCACGGUUGUCUCGUUUACAUACACAAACAAAGCAUUUAUGGACACAAAGAUUAUCGUAUGUGUAUGUAUAAAAUUAUUUGUGAUUGUAAUCAAUGGAGGCACCUGUAAUAGAUUUUUAGUGUUAUU